GCCAAACCGUGUGAUUUACUCUUAGAAAAUCACCUUUUAAAUCUAUAAGAGACAUUUGAGGUGGAAGAACUUGCAGAAAUCAGUACUUGCAAUACAAAUUAUUCGAAAGGAAAAGGAUUUAUCCUUCGGGAUAAAGUUUGCGAGACAAUUCUUCCACGGAGCUCCGGGGAAUAGCCCCGAAUUCAAUAGGGUUCUCCAGUGCGGCAUUCCGGCCGCAGCUGAUCUUCUUCUUACCAAUCUCUGGCUGCCUUGGGCAAUUAAUCCAAGGUGGCACGGCUUUGUGGUUCGUCCAGAAAAUGCGGUCCUUAUGUUAUUACUUAGCGGUCUUUCUUCUCAUAUUCUCGUCCUUCUCCGAGGCGCUCACCGAUGCCGAGUCCUCGAUGAUUGCCCGUCGGCAGCUCCAGAAUCUUGAGGAGAACAAGGCAAUGCCCCCGGAGUUUGAGUACGAGCUCGACAUUAAGGAAACAUUCGCUAACCCCCGGCUCAAGCGGGCCUAUGUUGCCCUCAAGGCUUGGAAAAAGGCCAUCUACUCCGACCCGUAUAACACCACGGGGAACUGGGUCGGACCCAGAGUUUGCCACUAUAAUGGCGUGUUCUGUGCCCCCGCCAACGAUGACCCGAACUCGAGUGUCAUAGCCGGUGUUGAUCUUAACAACGCCGAUAUUGCCGGGUACCUUCCCUCAGAGCUUGGCAUGUUGGGCGAUGCUGCUCUCCUUCACCUUAAUAGCAACCGGUUUUGUGGAGUUGUCCCCGAUAGCAUCUCGAAGCUGAAAAUGCUCCACGAGCUCGAUUUGAGCAACAAUCGGCUGGUCGGGCCAUUUCCAAAGGUAGUCCUGUCAUUGCCGAACCUGAAGUAUCUGGACAUAAGGUAUAACGACUUCGAAGGAGAAUUGCCCCGUGAGCUCUUUGACAAGGACCUCGAUGCCAUCUUCUUGAAUAACAACCGCUUCUCAUCUGUGCUUCCGGAUAACUUCGGGAACUCCUCAGCAUCGGUCGUGGUGAUUGCUAACAACAAUCUCGAGGGUUGCAUCCCUAGUAGCAUCGGCAAGAUGGUUGACACAUUGAAUGAGGUAAUCUUCAUGAAUAAUAACCUCUCAGGAUGCCUGCCAACUGAGAUAGGCGGGCUAGGAAACGCGACCGUCCUAGACCUCGCUGGGAAUUCCUUCACAGGCAUAUUGCCGAAGAGCUUCCAAGGUCUGAAGUCGAUCCAGAGCCUUGAUAUAUCUGGCAACAGGAUGACAGGCUUCGUUCCUGAAGCCAUUUGCCGGUUGCCCCGCUUGGCGAACUUCUCCUUCGGGGACAACUAUUUCAACGGCGAGGACCGGGCAUGUGAGCCAACGGCUAGGAAGGAUAUUGUGCUGGAUGAUUCAAACAACUGCUUGCCUGACAGGCCAAACCAGAAGCCUGAUAAGGUUUGCGUUCCUGUGGUUAGCAAGCCCAUUGACUGCGGCAAAUCCAAGUGCGGAGGAGGAUCAGCAUCGCCAUCGGUGACUCCAAGGCCUUCGCCUUCACCUUCUCUCAAGCACCCGCCACCAACUAGGAAACCGAAGCCCCCGAAACAGACACCGGCGCCCAUCCAGUCUCCACCACCAUCACUGGUGCCCGUCCACUCCCCUCCACCAUCACCAGUAUUCUCACCACCACCGCCGGCCCAUUCUCCACCUCCUCCCGUCCACUCCCCACCACCACCAGUGCACUCUCCCCCUCCACCUGUCUACUCUCGACCACCGCCAGUCCAUUCUCCACCGCCGCCACCAUCACCAGUCUCCUCUCCUCCACCACCCGUGCACUCCCCACCGCCACCUUCACCUCCUCCAGCCCAUUCACCACCACCACCACCACCAACCCCAAACCUAGUAUUCCCUCCAAUUUUUGGAUCCCGGUAUGCAUCACCACCGCCGCCGAUCCACCCUGGUUACUAAAUAGUUCUUUGACCGUUCGUUAGUUUCACCUCCUGACAGCACCAAAAACCAAUUUCGCUUUUGUUAGUCAUAUAGCUAUUAGAUCAUUUCAUGGUUGUAUAGUGUUUAACUCCAAUCUUCUCUGCAUUUGGCGGUCGACUCGUCAGGUUGUAAACCGAUGGACUAAGUGUACAAUGUACAUCCAACAAUGAUGCUCUUGAAA